GGCCGUGAGCGGGCGGCGGACGAUGCCCAGGAGGCUGCUGCCGCCGCCGCGCCGCCCCGCGCCCCCCCGCCCCCCCGGGGCCAUGAACGCGGCCAGGAGCGGCUACCGCGUCUUCUCCGCCAACUCCACGGCCGCCGGCACCGAGCUGGCGCGGCGCAUCACGGAGCGGCUUGGUGCUGAGCUGGGAAAAUCUGUGGUGUACCAGGAGACCAAUGGAGAAACAAGAGUUGAAAUAAAAGAAUCCGUCCGGGGCCAGGAUAUCUUCAUUAUACAGACAAUACCCAGGGAUGUGAACACUGCUGUCAUGGAACUGCUGAUAAUGGCUUAUGCCCUGAAGACAUCCUGUGCCAGGAAUAUCAUUGGGGUCAUCCCUUACUUCCCCUACAGCAAGCAAAGCAAAAUGAGGAAGAGGGGCUCCAUCGUCUGCAAACUGCUGGCUUCUAUGCUGGCCAAAGCAGGUUUAACACACAUUAUCACUAUGGACCUUCAUCAAAAGGAAAUCCAAGGCUUCUUCAGCUUUCCAGUAGACAACCUGAGGGCAUCCCCAUUCUUGCUUCAGUAUAUACAGGAAGAAAUCCCAGAUUAUAGGAAUGCAGUUAUUGUUGCCAAGUCCCCAGAUGCAGCUAAAAGGGCCCAGUCUUAUGCUGAGAGACUGCGACUGGGAUUAGCAGUGAUCCAUGGGGAAGCUCAGUGUACAGAGCAAGACAUGGAUGAUGGACGCCAUUCUCCUCCAAUGGUCAAAAACACCACUGUGCACACUGGCCUGGAGCUGCCCUUGAUGAUGGCCAAAGAAAAACCACCAAUAACCGUUGUUGGAGAUGUUGGAGGAAGAAUCGCCAUCAUUGUGGAUGACAUUAUCGAUGAUGUGGAAAGCUUUGUAGCUGCUGCAGAGAUCCUGAAAGAGCGAGGCGCUUACAAAAUUUUUGUGAUGGCCACUCAUGGGCUCUUGUCUGCAGAUGCUCCCCGUCUGAUUGAAGAAUCCUCUAUUGAUGAGGUGGUGGUGACCAACACAGUUCCUCACGAAGUGCAGAAGCUGCAGUGUCCCAAGAUAAAGACAGUAGAUAUUAGUUUGAUCCUCUCUGAAGCCAUCCGCCGAAUCCACAAUGGGGAGUCCAUGGCCUAUCUCUUCCGUAACAUCACCGUGGAUGAUUAGAUUCUAAUGAUGUCCCUGUCCUGGGUUUCUUAAUGAGAAGGGAGAAGGAAAAGUGCAUGAAAAAAAUGCCAUAAAUUUAGAGAGAACACAGCUCUUUUUUUUUUCUUUCUUUUUUUAGGGGUGGGGAGGGGGGGAAGGGGUGGCGCUGGGGAGAAGAGGGAAGACAUUAGGGACAGGAGCUGCAAGAUUGCAUAGCAAAAGUAAAACUGAACAGCACUAAUGCCCGUAGCCUUUUCUCCUCACCUAUUAUUAGGGGAAAUUAAACUAGUUGUUAUCAGAGCAUGAGGAGGCUGUGAAUUGAAAUACAAGUUGCUAAUGUUUGCCUCGCAUUCCAAAACUAAAAUGAGGGGGACGUUUGGAAGUCUUCUUGCUACAUGUUAACUGGUAGGAGUCUUGAUUUUGACUUCUAGUCGCUAUGAAUUGAGUAACGGAGUUCAGAAGGGAACACUUCAUUUAAGCUGCUUGGAUGAGCAAGUAGCUCUCUGCAUGGCUGAUGUGCUAAACGUCCAUCUGCCAACUGAUAGCCUCAUUUCUACCUUACAGAUUUAUUUUUAUGAAAUGAGUUGCUGCAAGUAUGUUCAGCAGUAGCAGCCUAGAAUGACCUGCUGGUAGUAAUUGGACUUGUAGGUGUAUGUCCAAUCUGUCUUUCUCAGCAAGGCAGUGGGUACAGUUAUAAAGCACACCAGCCUUUUGUCCCUUGAGCCUUGAGUUUUUAUCAUGCCUCUGUGGCAAAUAAUGUGAGUCUGGUUCCUACUGAAAUGCUUACCUGAAAGCAAAAUCGGGCACUAGUUCUGAUGUGGCCAUGGGCUCACAGAUUGGCCACAACUAAAAUAUCAUGGUAGUAUGGGCCUGAGCAGGGGAAUCUCAGCACAGUAUCUGCCUCAAAUUACAGCAGUACUUUCCAAAACACUAACUCUCAACCUGCAGUACAAAGCUAGGAUUUUUUUUUAAUUUACUUUUGGCUCUUUCUAGACCCCUUUGCCCUGCAGACAGCUGCCAUCUCUGGACCAGGUGGUUUGCUGUGAUAAAUGUAUUCACUUGGCAGCCUUGUUGAUCGAAGGAUGACACAGCUGCUUUAAAGCUAUUUUCAGAAACCUGCUAAAUGUCUUCUGCCCCUGGAGACCCUAGGCCUGGUCGCUUGCUCCUUUCUCAUGUAAUGUUCACCCUUGGCUAUUAAUGGAAAAGAAGAGCAGGUGGCUUUGAAAAGGAAUGCAGGGUUCCAGUGUGUUGUGAUUCGAGUUUUUCUGGUCUCCUAUAAGACCCAAGGGUAUAUUCCAAAAUAAUCUGCUUUUUGACAGGGCCAGGUCAGUGUGCACUCUAGUUAGACCUGUAAUGUUUUCUGAUUUGCUGCAUGAUCAACAAAUCAUUUCGAAGGGGGCCUAUUGCUUGGGAGAGAACAAGGCAGAGUUAUUUUGCUGUCUCUAGCAAGAGUUUUGUUUAUAGUAUUACUCAUCCAUCAACUUGUACCUACAUACGUCACUCGCAAACGUUAACAAACACAUCCUGAGGGUGUUAAAGAGCAAAUGCUAGCACCGAGUCUAGAAAGAGCCUUGAGAUGGUUAAACAAACAAAAGAUCUUUUUCAGUGGAGUAAAAGUGCAUUCAAAGAGCUGUCGUCCUAGCUCGAAGCCACUCUGUAUGAAAUCACAGAACUGAAUGCAGGUAGUCGGCCUUCGCUUCUGGUAUCCAGCUGUUGAACGAAACCUCCAAACCAAAUCUCACAAGCAAUAUCCAGGACUCUGCUUAAUGUAGUGACUAUGGAGGAUUUUACCGUGUUUACUAAGCACUAGGAAAAGUUACAGCUGUGCUCUGCUAUCAUGAUCACGUGCUUGGCUCCUCAGGGCUGCUAACUGUGUUUUAACAUGGUACUGUAUUUUAAGUAUUAUUGAAGGGAUUGACUGAAGUUUGAGUGUAUCCUUGUUCUUAACUAGCAAUAGGCUGCAGCUGCGUAGUAGUUGCAGCCAGUUUUAUAAAACUGGCCGUAGUAGUAGCCAGUUUUAUAAAACUGGCUGCGUUUUUGCCCCUUCUCCUGUUUAACUAGUUUAGACCAGAACCUAUUAUAAGCUUGACGAUUCAUUUCCUGAGUGGGCUACCCUCCUGCCUUUCUAAUUUGGCCUCUCUUCAAACCCCACACUGGCUCGCAGGGCAAAAUGAAUCAGGAUGCACACUAGUCAUAAAUUGUUCACGUUAGAAAAUCCCCCACUGUUUUAGCACAGUUGGCAGGCUGUGUUCUUAGGACCCUGGGCACCAAGGAGAAGGAUUACAAGUCAGGAUUAAAAUGCGUCAGAAGAGCUGUUUUGGAAGCUUUGCGUAGUGUCUGCUGAACCACCUCUGGCUUGGAUCCAUGCUGUCAUUCCUUCGUUUCAUCGGCAUUAUACCUAGUGUCUCCCUGCCAAUGCACCCUUUCAUGGAAUCCAGCUCUGAGUGGACUGCUGCUGCCGUAACACAGUGUGUAUGAUAUGCCCACUCUUCUGGUCACUCCAAAGGGAUUGGCAUCAUGCCGUUUUAGAAAAUGGACGCAUCUCCCACUCAAUCGCCUGUGCCUUCUGAGAAAAAUAUUAUCCAGUAUGCGUAGGCUUAGACCUUCUGAAUUUGUGGCUUUUGUUAGUUAUCAAAAUUGGGCUUUUGGGCCUGCUGUAUGAGAUUUCAGUUCUUACAAGUGGUGCCAUUCAGAAGUUUUGGACUCUGCGUGUUACCAUUAUUUCCAUCUCCUUGCUUCUGUUCACUCUCCCUCAAAUGCAAUUCUCAUAGUAGAAAACCAAAAUGGGGGCUCCAUAUUUGCUUUUAACGUCUGAAAAUUUAGACAGUAGCUGGGGGGGAAAAAAACUCAGCUUGACCUGUGUCAUUCUCACCCCAGCAAUCCCCUGCCUUUCUCGGAUGUUAACUCAUCCGGUUAGAGAAAGAUGUUAAUGAUCGUACUAGCUAUAUGAUGGCAUUAGUUUAUGCUUUUUAAGGGAAAAAGUUCUCAUUGAUUCUUUUUUUUUUCCUACUUGUGCUUGUUGCUAGAUCACUCAGGUUCGAAAACAGUCUUCCUAAGAUUCUGACUGCAUUUUACUUCCAGGAAUUAUUUAGCACAGCAUGUAAAAUAUCUGCAUCUAUUUUCCCACUUCUGUGGCUUUUUUUUUCCUUUAGGAUAAUAUAGAACUGCCAAACUCCUUUUUCUUUUUUCUUUUUUAAAUGCAUUUAGCAUCAACCUUCUGAAACAAAAAUUUCUCCUUUUUGAACUGUGGACACAGAGAGAGAGUAAAGACCCUUAACACUCUCAAUACCUCAAAAAAGAAAAACAACAAAAAAACCCAACUGUAAGUGCUUCUUCUGCAGUGCUGCAUGGUGUCUCAUCUCCCUGAAUACAGACUUUCAACAUUUACUGUGUCUUGAUGGCUUAAAAACGCCUGCUUUCUGCACACGACUCCAAUCUCCUUUAGAAUAGCAGUUUGAUUAUCUCUGUUCAGGAGAUAAAUCUUUCCAAGUUCAGUCUCUCUAAGCACAGACCACAUUAAGCUGCUUUAAAACUAUACUUUAAAAUGUAAUUGGUGUGGGCUGUACUGAAGUGAGUGAAGGAUACAUGGAAAAAUUAUAUAUAAGCCCCAUGGCACCUUUUCCAUGUCAUGUUCAUGCAUUUUCCUGUCCGGGGCAGAGCAAAGACAGCUAUAUGGCUGGCAUAAGUGUAUAGAGUUCAUAAAAAUCUUAAUUGAUCUAGAUGAUGCUCUUAACUAAUUUCUGUGGGGAAAAGUGACAGGAGCGCUUACGGGUGUCUGUUAGAAUCUGUAGAGAAACUCCAACUGUGGAUGCAAAUAAACUCAGUUCUCAGUCA